AUGUGCUCGAGAUCACGGAUUCCACUGUUCUCGAAUACGGGAACCUGUCUGUACGAUGUGGCAGGGUUCUGGCUACCUGAAGAUUUGGCUACACCACAGGAAAUCGAUUUUCCGACAGCGGGACGCAUGAACGAUUCCAAACCAAUCACUUUCACCAAACUGACAGGUUCCCUCAGGCAGUUGAGCCGCUUGGACAUUGAGUGA